AUGGCACAGAACAAUCAGCUUGCUAGCUCCGAGGAGAACACUCCACCGACGCCGGUUUAUUAUCAACCGUCCAUGACUCAAGCACUGCCACCACUAACUCCUGCAGGCGCACCCCCGGUACACUCGGGAGAAAUCCCGCCACCAGUCCCAACAUCGGAAGCCCAAGCACCGUCCACCUCUACAGAGGGUGCGGCCCGCAUCGUCGCACUGGAAGGCGAUAUCUCCACAUUAAGGGGCACGGUCAAUCAGAUGGCCGCCGACAUGGCCGAGCUCAUGGCCCUACUCAGAGCUCCAAACCACACCUCCUCGAACUCUACUCCGCCCCCGGGGUACGGGCCAACAGUCGACCCAAAACCUUGGGUCCCGCCGACCCAUGCUCCGGAAGGUAUUGAAGCGCCUGCGAUACACGCACCGGCGGGCCUCCCAGCUAACGUCCCUCCGCCAUCGGUGACUCUCCCGGCAGCCAUUCCUCUUCCACCGUCGAACCCGACUACUCUAGUACCGCCGCCGAUGGCCAUACCGGUUUACGCGGCUCCUCCGCCAAUGGUCUUCCCGGCACAGAGCCCCCACGCUCCUGCUCACACAGCCGAGCCUGUCCCAUUCCAAGCUCCACAACCCCACAUCAGCUUUUCUUACCCAACUCUACCUCCCCUAAACAUUCCCAUCCCUGAACCGGGCACGCCAACCCAGGCUGUCCCCAUAGCUCCACCGACAAACUUUCUCCCGGAAAUGGGGACUGAGCAGGAGCAGAGAUUGAAGAAGAUGGAAGAGAACAUCAAAGCCUUACAAUCAGGUGGUCCUCGCCUCGAUGCCGGCGAUUGCGAUUGGAGUCUUUUUCCGGGUAUGCGGCUACCCCCGAAGAUUAAGGUGCCUGAAUUCCAAAGGUACCAUGGCACUACCGACCCCCGUCACCAUCUCCGUCACUACAGGGGAAAGAUGCUGCAGUACUGGGACUACGAAGAGUUCGUCAUCCACACGUUCCAGGACAGUUUGGCGGGAGCGGCUCUUGAUUGGUACAUGUCACUGAAAGCCGCGGAUAUCCCUACAUGGACGGACCUUUCGGGCAAAUUCAUCGACCAGUACAAGUACUGUGCAGAAACGCCCCCGACCCUGUUGGAGCUCAGUACAAUGGAGAUGGCCGAGGAUCAGGGCUUCGAGGCCUACGCAGUAAAGUGGAGGGCUAGAGCGGCGAAACAUGUCCCCCCGAUCAGUGAGGCGCAGCAGAUCCAAUUAUUCCACUCUACCCUCAAAGGGGCCUACUACUUGCACCUGUUGGCUCACACGUCUUCGUUCUCCAACCUUAUCGACGCCGGGAAGAGGCUUGAUAUCGGCGUUAAGCUCGGCAAGAUAGAAGGACCGGCCGAGAAGAAAGAGGGAGAGUCCUCGAAGAAGGUUGCUACUGGGACACCCUCCGCGGGAAACAGGAGAGGAAAAGACGCGUCCGUCAAUGCUGUUAACUCAGGGCGCCAAGUCCCCCAACAGUAUUCCAUCAAUUACACGCCCGCACCACCGACCACUCAGGCGUAUGCCCCACCUCCGGUGCAUUAUCAGCAGCAACUCCCAGCGCAACAAGUAUAUUAUUCCGCCCCGCCGGCCUCCUUUCCGUUGCCGGCCCCGCACAAUUACGUCCCUAUUCCCCCUCCGAUCCAACAAAGCAGGCCUCCGGCUUCGAGAACUCCUCAGCCGGUGCAACGGGCUCCGGCCCCGCAGGACCAACAAAGCACUGCGCCGCGGCGCAGACAAUUCACACCCCUUCCGGCCCCGCUCUCCCACAUAUACCGGCAACUCCUCGCAGGCAAUAGGAUUAAAUCGGUAGCGCCUAACCCCGAUUUCGACCCCACCAUUCAGGAUCAGAGUCGGCACUGCGAGUACCAUCAGGGCGCACCCGGUCACACCACCGACGAUUGUUGGAAGCUGCGGGAGAAGAUCCAAGCUAUGAUUGAUGGCAAACAACUCACGUUCAACGCCAUCAAAUCUCCGAACGUGCAAGUUAAUCCUCUUCCCGAUCACGGGUCAAGCUCGGGACCCAGCAUUAACAUGAUCAGUGUUUGCGCCAUAGGGGAGUACGAGACCGGGCAGGAGCCAUCCGCCCCGUUCGUAAUCGAAUAUGUGCCUGCGGAAACCGGUAUAGGGUACGCGGGGUUUGAUGCCACGCCCGCCCCAUUCGUGAUAGAUGUCCCCGCACGAGAGCCAUAUCAAGAUAGCAAGGUUCCGUGGACCUACGAAGGGAGUGUCGGGAACCUCGAGCGUCAAUUCAGCGUCAUGGGCGUGACGCGCUCGGGACGAGUGUAUGAAAACCCGGAGGUCGCGAACAAAGGAAAGGCGCCUGCUGCGACAUUAGGGAUCGCCCCGGAAGCUACGCCGAUCCCACAAAAGAAGGUGACCGAAGAGGAAGCCGAGGCUUUUAUGAAGAUCAUCAAGGCAAGCGAGUAUAAGGUUGUUGAACAAAUGGGCAAGUCCCGGCCCACAUUUCACUACUCGCCCUUCUCUUAA